AUGACCAACAUUGGCGACCGUGAGAUCAUACUGCCCACCCACACUAUAUUAGGCAUGUGGGUCGAAGGCGAUAUGGUACCGCGAGCCCAAGGUUUGGUGACAGUCGGGUCGGGGAAGUACAAGGAAUGGCAAACUCUGGCAUAUGAGGCUACGACGGAUCGAGUGAACGAACUCCCGAAAGAACCGAUCGGACCAUUGGUAGAUCGUCCUACGUAUGCCGCUCCCAAACGCAUCUUGAAACGUCCGUCUGAUGCGUUACAGAACCUUUCUCCGGCGAUCUCCACGGUAACGCCGCAAGCUAACGAUGACGAUUCGCAAAAGGCAUAUGCUGUAGUUGCGAGGGAAGUAACGGUCAGGGGAGCCGAACUAUCGCGGAUGGAGAACGGUCAUGAGAUCGGCACCCAACAUGCAACGAAGGGAGACCGCGACACCGGGCAAGAAGGGCUACGUGACAGAUCGCCUCUACCGAAGGCUGAGCCGACUGACCGACUGUUGAAAUUGGGCCAGCCGGAAAAGACGAAGGAGCCUAAAGAAGAAAUAAUGCUAAAUACUGAAGACGUCGAGAUUGCAGAAAUACCAGUUUAUCACCACGAGAGCGGAGAAUUGUUUGCGGAAGAUAUCGAGCAGCAUCUGGCGGUGUUACCAGAGAUGUCGGCGACUACGGAAGAAGUUACAAUUGAGGACAUUCAGAUCGGUGAUCCCGAUGUGCCUCUCACCACAGAUCAACAACGGCUCAGAUCGCUGAUCUGGAAGAGCCGUCACCUCCUCAUGGGUAAAGGUAAUGCUCUACCACCAGCAGCACGAGGCGCGAUCUGUGAUAUUGAUGUCGGUGGGGCAGCACCGAUAGCACAAAGAGUGCGUCCGGUCGCACCCAAAUAUCGGGAGAAGCUGUCAGAUCUCAUCAAAGGACUAUUAGCAGCCAAAAUCGUUCAGCCAUCCACGUCACCUUGGGCGUCUCCGAUAGUGGUGAUCAUCAAGAAGAACGGAGUGGAUAUUCGCCUUUGCAUUGAUUAUCGAAGAGUUAACCAGCUGACGCGUCUGAUGGUUUAUCCCAUGCCGUUGAUCAGCGAUCUGUUGGAAGAUCUGGAUAAAGCUCUAUGGUACUGUUCGCUAGACAUGGCUAGUGGAUUUUGGGUCGUCGAAAUGACCGAACGAGCAAAACUGAUCUCAGCGUUUGUCACACCGUUUGGCUUGUUCGAGUGGCUGCGAAUGCCUUUUGGGCUUAAGAACGCGCCCCAGAUCUACCAACGUCUGGUGGACAAUGCGUUGUAUGGAUAUCUCAAGAUCGGCCAGAGAUCAGCUUCUGAUGGCCCGAUCGACGUGUUCAAAGAUGGAGAACCUGAGACAGAUCGACGACCGUCUAUACUGGGACGCCGAUCUUACAUUGACGAUAUUCUCAUACCAGCCACGUCAUGGGGAUCUUUGUACACAAAAGUAGAACGGUUGCUGGAGGCAUGUGAUAAGUGGAAUCUGUCUAUCAGCCUCACGAAGAGCUUUUGGGGGUGCCGUAAGGUCGAUUAUUUGGGACAUCGAGUGUCGAUGGAUGGUCUGGAGGCUCAGCCCAAGAACCUAGAGUCGUUGGUUAACAUCCCGUUUCCUAGCACGCUACGAGCUAUGCAAUCCUUUCUCGGGAGCUUGAACUACUACCGUCGCUUCAUUGAGGAUUUCGCGGUGUAUGCCGCGGUGUUGUAUGAGUUAAGAGAAUCGGAUUUCUUCGAGAUCGGCCGAUCUCAGCUUGCAGCAGGAGACGAAUGCUCCAACGAGGGUCGAUGGACGGAAGCCAAGGUUGCUUUCACUAUGCUAAAAGCUAAGAUAGUACUACAGCUCCCAUGCUCAAGCAUUUCGACCCAGAUCGGUCCCCCGUAA